AUGGGCCUGACGGCGACGCACCGCUUCAUCAUGGAGCAGGCGGCGCUGCACAUGAACAUCGACGCCAACCUGGUGGAGGAGGGGGUGCUCGACGCCAACCGACACACCGAGCUGCUGCACAGCCUGGUCGCCCAGGGCGGCCGCCAGGCGCUCUUCUUCAUGUGUGCAGAUAUGGACCCGCCCGGUCCAGAGUCUGGACGGCCUCAGCCGGCGGACGGGAAGGCAGUGCGCGGUCCGCGCGUUAUCGUGUCGGAUGGCAAGGACACGCGGUUCGAGGGCCUGUGCGCCAUCGUCUACCGCAACACCAGCCGCGCCAUCGAGCAGAAGAACGUCACAGACGAUCUGUCAAUCACGUCGAUGACGUCAGCGGGCGGCGCAGCGGCGGCGCUGGAGGCGGUGCGGUCAGUGCCCGCGCUCUUUCUGCAGCCCGCGCUGCGCGCCUGGACCGUCUGGGGAGCCGCCAGCAGCGUCGACAGCGCCGGCUUCCAGGGAGACCUCGCAGACUGCGUCUACUUCCUGGGCGACACGAAGCGGAACAUCGAUGAGCUAGUGGUGUUCCACAUACCACCGGAGCUGACAGAACUGCUGCCGUCGCCGGACGUGGUGAAGUCGGUGCUCGACAAAGACACCAGCAUCAUCGGCCGCGUCGAGUACGUCAUCACCGUCUGGACCAGGCAGAUCGAGCAGGUGCUGACGCGCGCAGAGCGGCUGCGCUCAGUGCGGGAAGACACGGGCCCGCUAGACGAGCUGCACCAGUGGCGCCGCCUGCUGGCGCGGUUCGGCUCCGUCGCGGAGCACACCGCCUCGCCCACCUGUCAGACGUUCGUCAUUCUCCUCACAGUCGCCAGGUCUAAGCUCGCCAAGCAUACUGUUUAA